CGGCAAUUACCGUCGGACGUGCCAAGGACACGCCGUUGCAAGCGCCUUCGGACGCCCCGAGGAAGUGUUUGGCAGGUGCCGCCAGACGCUCCGAGGGAACGUCCUGGCAGAUACCCUCGGGCGUCCCAAGGAGGCGUCCUGGCAGGUUCCCGUCGGGUGUCCCAAGGAAGUGCCCUGUGAGGCACGCCCCCGUCUCCGCAACUGCUUCUUUGGCUCAGACCGCCGUCUCGCUCGGGCCGCCAUCCAGCCGCACCGCCACCACCCUGGCCGACGACGGCGAUGGCGCCGAUGCGCUCCGCCCCGCUGACCCUGGCGGCCCUUUGCCUGCUGUGCGGCGCCAGCCUGCGGGUGGCCUUCCUGGGCACCGGGCGUGUCGCGGCCGCCCCCCGCGUGGCCCGCAGCGCAUUCGACUCGGGGAAGGUGAACGUCGGAGUGGAGCUGGAGUCCGACGUCUCUCCUCCGCCGCAGCCGGUGCUCGAUUGCGACGAGGGGUGCAUCGUCGCUAUCAACGAGUGCAUCGAGGAGGGCUGCUCGGUGGAGGCCCUCAUGAAGCUCGACAAGAAGCUUGCCGAGGAUGAGCAGAAGGUCCAGGCGACGGUGGCGUCGAUCGAGGGGCAGCAGAAGACCGCCUACACGGAGGAGAACGCGGGCACGCUGGCCUGGCUCAAGAACUUCCUGGGCCGCAGCGGCAGCCUGCGGGCCCAGCUGCAGUCGCUGACGGAGCACAAGGACGGCGACUUCGUCGCGCAGAUGGUGAAGGCCGCGUCCGUCGCGUUCGGCGGGGGCCGCACGGGCGACUACCCCAAGGUGGGCGUGUCGCCGUACUCGUCCUGAGCCGCCGUCUCUUCGGGCUGGCGGCGGGCGCCUCGUCCGCGCGCGGCCUGCUCGGGCAGUGCGCGGCAGCGUCUUCGCUUCCAGUGCGUAUCGUUUUGAAAUAUCCAGGUGCCUGCGGCAAGCUCCGACACCACGCCUGCGCAAGACUCUGCGCGCCUCGUUCUCUCUCUGCCUCGUAAGGGAGGGAGGGCGGCUCUGGUUUUCGGGCCGGCCCCGAGAUCUGAGUCGGGGAAGCCGCUCUUGGCAUCCCCCCCCUCUUGGACGCCCCCCUCAUGGCCGCCCCCGCGAGGGCAUCCCUUCCCCCGUGGGGGAGGCCGCGGAGCUCCGCCGCCCUCCGCGCCGCGGCGGCGCGCGGCCCUCGAGGCCCCUCCGGAGCGCGCGCGGGGCCCGCCCUUUAAGGGCCCCGCCCUCCGCGGGCGCCAAGUUUUUGAACCGCUGCGGGGCCCGCGCCGCCUCCCUCGCGCCUGCACGCGCGGCCCGCCCUCGUCGGGGGGGGCGGGCGGGCGGCGGGCGCGGGCGCGCGGCUCGACCAGAAG